AGGGGUCGGGCGGAACGAAGAGUAUUCCUGCUACCUCAAUUCAGGGCAGUGAGACAAGAACUGUCUGAACAAAAAAUGGAGGAAUGUCCUCGGGUGAGGAUUAAAAAAAAGAUGAAAUUUGGGCACAGACACUCACAGAGGAAUGACCAUGUUUAAAGACACAGGGAGAAGAUGGCCAUCUACAAGCCAAGGAGAGAAGCCUCAGAAGAAACUGACCUUGCUGUCACCUUGAUCUUGGACUUCCAGCCUCUAGAGCUGCUUGUCAAUAACAAGAACAACAAAGAGCAAGGGGCAGAAAAAAGAGCGUGUGCAGCCCGGUACAGAUAUGCAGUAUUAUGGACUUAUGCCUGCAGCUGGAAGGCCUUCUUGAACCUGCAGAAAAAUGGGCAUAUGCAGAUAGGUGGGCUGCAGCAUGGGCAGGAGGUGGCCGCCACCAUGACUCUCCCACUGGACCCACAAGAAGUGGCCCAGGAGAUGUGCAAGGCUGUGCCCUUUACUCAGGUGCUCUCCCAGCCAGGAUGCAUGGCCAUGCGCCUCCGUAAUCACCUCUGUUUUGGCUACUGCUCCUCAUUCUUCAUCCCUGGUGUGGACCCUGCCUCGCUUGUCCUCUGCAACAGCUGUGUGCCCACUCGAAGGCACUGGGUACCCGUGUUCCUGUGGUGUCGGGUGGGCAGCCCAGUCUCUCGUCGGCGGGUGAGGACAUCGACAGUGCUGGUUGAGAGGUGUCAGUGCAGCCCGAAGGCAUGAGCUGAGCAUCUUCGACUGACACAUAGACACAUGCACCUUGGAGAGAUGUGGGGAGUCAGAAAGACGCGGACCUGGAUUAUGUACACUGGGUCAAAGAGACCAGGGAUGCAGGGAAAGCCAGAUAGGCCUCCCGAGUCCUCACCCUGCUCCCAUGGACACCAGACAUAGCCCCAGCCAUGAGGUGGACCACUCAGAGUCAGCACACACUUUUUGAGCACUCACUGUUGGCCAGGCCCAGCUCUAAGCAUUUGACAUGUAUGUACUUGUGUCAUCCUCAGAGCUGCCCAAUAACAUAGAAGUAGCACUUCACUUUACAGGGAAGGAAACUGAGGCCUCAAGAGGUAAAGACACUCACUCAGGGUCACAUAGCAGUAUGGGGUAGAGCCAGCAUUUGAACCCAAGGCAGUGUGGUGCUCACUUUUAAUCACCAGGCUGGACCUCCUCUUAUGGAAUAAGUCAAAGACACACUGCCAACUGCAGGGAGAACAGAUGGCCCCACCCAGCCCAAUAGAUACAGUGACAACCCUGGCCUGGGGACCCCAAGAAACCAAGGCAGGAAGGCAGACAUAGCUACUGGGGAAAACCUGGGUUCCCCAAGUCAGAGGCAGAACCCACGUGCUCCAGCUGCCCCCUCCCAGU